CGAAUUUCCUGCUAUUGGUUGGCUGGCUCUUUGGGCAGAGAAACUGGAAGAGCUCGCGUAGUUUCAUUGCAGCCGUAAAAAAAAAAAGAAACCUACCAGACGUGAAGCGUACUGUUUUACUGACUGCGGGCGAAGCCGAGUUUACCUUAUUAUUAUCUGGGGUUUUGUUUCGCAUUUCAAAUAGGAAGUCACAUCUGACACAGAAAAUGGGUUGCUUUUUCUCAAAGAAAUCAAAAAGAAAACCCGAGAAAGAGCAGGCGGAGACGACUACAGACGAGGAGGCACCAAAACAAUACAGCUGGGACAAACGGGAGAAGGUUGAUCCAAAAGACUACAUGCUGACCGGCCUCAAGGAUGAAACUGUAGGUCGUUUGCCCGGCACGCUCAGUGGGCAACAGUUUGCCAUUCAAGACUGUGAGAACUGUAACAUUUACGUGUUUGAUCACUCGGCCACCAUCACCAUUGACGACUGCACCAACUGCAGGUUAUUCCUGGGGCCGGUCAAGGGCAGUGUGUUUUUCCGAGACUGCAAGGACUGCAGGUGCGUGGUGGCGUGCCAGCAGUUCCGCACCAGGGACUGCAAGAAGAUGGAGGUGUUCCUCAGCUGCGCCACCCAGCCCAUCAUCGAGUCCUCCAGUGGCAUGAGGUUCGGCUGCUUCCAGUACUACUACCCUGAGCUCGCCUUCCAGUUCAAAGACGCCAGCUUGAGCAUUUUCAACAACAACUGGAGCAACAUUCAUGACUUUACACCCGUGUCUGGGGAAACAAACUGGAGCCUGCUGCCCGAGGACACUGCGGUGCAGGACUGCGUCCCCCUGCCUGACACGGACGGGUUCAAAGCGGUCAGGGUAUCCACAGAGGCCAGCAGGAGCAUCGUCCCAAUAACCAGCGGCCAGCGGCGGAAGAACAGCGACGAGUCCUGCCUCUUUGUGUUCUUUGCUGGUGAUUAUACCACAGCUAAUGCAAGGAAACUGACCGAUGAGAUGGUUGGAAAAGGCUUUAUUCUUGUGCAAACUAAGGAGGUUUCAAUGCGACCAGAAGAUGCCAACAGAGUAUUUCAUCAGAAUGCAGAAGACUACAACUCUUUGAUUGAAAAAGGUCCUGUUGUAGCUUUGGAGUUUAACGGAGAGGGGGCAGUGGAGGCAUGCCGCAGUAUGGCAAGCGAUGUCUUCAGCAGCGCCAAGGUGUAUGUGUCUGAAAACAAGGCUUCAGCUUGCAGAGAUGUGGACAAUUUCUUCAACUUUGCAGAUAUGCAGAUGGGAAUUUAAGAUCACAUGAAAAAUAAAACAGUCGCAUCAUCUCUCAGUUUGGUUUCUUUUAUACUUCUGAGUUUUUGUUUUUAAAAUCUUUUCUAACACUAGCGGUAUUGUGUGUUUUUGUUUUAUUUGUAUUAUUAUUAUUAUUUGGCGCUUAACUUUUUUUAGUUUUCUAAAGAAAUUUGAUUGUAAUAAAUAAAAGUAACCAAAGCAUUGCAUCAUGUGUAGCAAGGCAUUGGGCGCCUGUGAUUUAACUGCACUGUUUAUUUGUUAGCUGGGUUGCCCAGGGUUAUCUCUGCAUAAAGAAUGUCAUUUCUGUGUAUGAAUUGUGUGUUGUAUUUCAUUCCAUUGUCUGUUGUACAGUUCUUAUGACAUGUCCAUGUUUAUGUCUUACAUUAUUAUGUACGUUUCUUUUGAUAGAUGGGACAAAAAACAUGUGUUUCUACUUUCGUGUUAACAAAUUGUCCCACUUCUUUUUUUUUUUAAUAACAAUUAUUACUUGAUUGACUGUAGAAGAAACUAGCUCAGAGUGACCCGAUGCAUUUGGACUUUGUAGUAAAAUGUCUAUUUUUAUUACAAAGUAAUUAUUUUUUUAAAAAUCAGGAAAUCCAAAUUUUGUAGUAGCUUUUAUAGUACUAUAUUAUAAUAUAAUAUAAUCAGUCAGUAGUGGAUGGAAAUGUAAAGGCAGUGUCCUUCUAAGAAACCUUUGGACUUUUCUACUGGGAUCCAUUUCCAUUUGUCUUCAUUCCAUUAAAUGGCUUGUUUUGUUGACUACAACAGUGUUUGUGUAGCGAGUCUGAGUAAAUCACAAUUCUGUAUAGCGUUAGAGUCCAUUUUGAUGUGGAAAGUUUGAACCUGUGAAUUCCUACAGGUAGUUAAAGAGCAACACGUGCCCCUAUGAAAUAUCAUGGUUAUCGUUUAGCUAUCCUAGUUCUGCUUGCUUUUUCAGAUUCACAGUGUUUGUCAUUUUCUGUUUCAGUCAUCACAUCCUGGUGAUUAUUUAAAACUCAGCAGUUUUAGGCAACCCAGUUGCCUAAAAGGGCUCUGAACAUGUCUGCUGUAACCCCAGAUUGAAACCAUUAACCUGCACUCUGCCCCACUUCAACACCUGCAAAUGACCACCUUUAUUACAGUGGUACUACAAAAGCAAGUCACAUUUCUAUAGCGCCUUUCAUCACAAGGAUCCCAAGGCGCUUCACACACACACACACACACACAAAUGAACAAUUAAACCAUUCAAUUAAAAACAGAAUGCAGAAUUUGAUAGAACAGAAAUUGAGAUAAGAAAUUUGUUUUUGAAUUGUAAAAAAAAAAAAAAAGCUAGUUUGUAGAAAUAGAAUAUUUAAAAGUCUAAACAAACAUUUUAUUAAAUUAGAAUUAAAAAUGCUGUUUUGAUUGUAAAAUAGGAAAACCAAGAUGGAAAAGCUGUUUUGUAAGAGUCCUACCAGAGAAGGCAUGUUUAACAGCCCCGAGAGGCCCCUGAGGUGUUUCACAUGCUCUGAACAACAACAGGUGCACAUGGGUUAAGGUAACUGAAGGGUUUCCACACUCACACAAGGGUGCUCUUACAUGUGCUCGGCUUAAACAAAGCUAUUCCAGGUUCUCUGGCAGGCUACACUGUCUUACAUUAAAAAGAUCAAGUCGAGGGAUUAGACUUUAGUUUGCAAAAUAUGUCCUUUGUGCUGUUUUGUACUGAUUUAUGACUGGGGAAUACAGAAUGUAAGUUACACUAGUAUGUGAAUAAUUUAAUUUGAAAACAAAAAAUAAUAAUAAUAAUAAUAUUGUAGUUUGAUAUUGCCCUUGAAAAGCCAGGCUGGCCUGUUUAUAUGGCUCACUUAUGAUGCUCCAGUCUGGGUCUGGGGGUGUGGAUUAAAUGAGCUUCACUUUCUAUUUUCAUUGUAAAGGGUUUGCUACAUCCUUUUGUACCUUUUUUGGAGGUCUUAAUGUUUAUCUCUUCUUUUUUUUUUUUUUUUUUUUAAUGGCUGAACAAAGUUGUGAUCUACUUGUUGCUUAAUGUGCUGUUUUGAGUAGGUUUGGAUGUUUGCCUUGGUAUGCAAGCUAAUCCAGUGCUUGGAAUGACAUUUUGUAUAUUUAAAUGUUACAUAUUUUGUAUAUGAUUUUAUUUUGUGGCAGUGGUUGUAAAUUGUGAUUCACAAUAAACAUGAACUGGUGAUGUAAA